AUGACGAGAAAGCACACCAACUCCACAAUUGACCUUGUCAAUCUUUCCCAGAGGUUUGCCAGUCAUGCCUUCAGCUUGUUAGACGCCGAAAGAGGAACCAGCUCUCUCACCCUGCUGCAGAGUGCAGCGAUACUCUGGGUAUACUCUAGAAACGAGGGUUCCCGUAUGUCCCUUGCCCAGAGCGCAAACCUCGUGGGUCUUCUCCAGCAGACGUGGGCGGCCUUGGGACUUGAAAGCAAUGGUGCCAGCCUGUUCAAAUUUUCGGAAGAGGUGACGGAUGAUGUUGGGGUUUGGCAAGCAAUCUCCUCCAUUGCAUGGGGGUUCUAUUGCUUCUUCGCGAAAAUGGCACUUGUUACCUCGUCGCAGAUGCCGAUCUCGAGGCCGCUCAUUAUGAAGAUAUUUGAGGCUCAGGAUGGCCUCGAUGCAAGCUCCCAAAGCUCGACCUCCUCCGCCAGCGAGGACCCCUUUGCUGCGCAAGCGGCCUAUCAGGUGCAGGUGUUCACCGCCGAGUGCUCCCUGUGCGAGAUCAUGGACCAGUUGGUCUCCGGGUUUAUCAGGGGCGGAAACCGCCGCGUCAUCCGCGACGAGGGGCAUUGUACGGCCUUGUACAACAAGCUCCUUUGCUGGAAGCUGACGCUCCCGGAGCAUCUCACGACGAGUAGGAGCGUUUCUCCAUCAGUUUUGAUGCUCCAAAGCACAUACGACUUUGUCGCCUUGGAGAUGCUCUCCGCCUUCACAAGGCACUCUGGCGUUUCUUUCGACGGCCGCAACGCUACUUCCCUGCAGAUUCUGCACGCGAACUCCCUGGUAACCAACCUCUGGAUCUACCGCGGCAUUUACACUCUGAAACACGAGUACUGGGCCGCCGAGUACUGCUCCUUCACGGCCCACACACUGCUGCCCUUCGUCGAAACGGAAACCGCCGUCCACGAUGUCAUCGCCAAGGCCUGUUGCAUUUUGUACGAGAUGGGCGGCAAGAGCGGGGUCUCGAGCCGCGCAACCUCUCUGCUGCGAGAAGUGGAGGAGACGGCGAGGGACAGGAGCAUCCGCAUCCCGUACUACGGGAAGGGAUCGAAGUCGCCCGAAAGCGACGGCGCGCCUAUGGUCACUGUACACGGAGCCCGAGUGUUUGGCAGCGCGGGUGGUGGGACGGCGGGUGGCGCAGGUUGGUAUCCUGCGUCUGUCACCUUCUCGGGUACCAUUUCAGAUAUUGAACCGGCGCAAGCGGAAGUUUCGGGAGGAUGA